AUGGAGCCGGAGCCCUACCCAAUGAGCACCAACGUGCUCACCACGAACAUCGCCGGGUCGGGUACGAUGCUGUUCUUCCGCUUCCAGUUUGCCCUGUUGGUGUGGGCUUUGACUCUGCUGGCCGUUUGGCUGGGCUUCUGCUUUCUGGUGAGCAAAGAUCUCCUGAUUUUGGGCAAUCGAGAAGCUAAGUCACCUCAAGUCCUUUGCGCGGUGGUGAAAUGGGGCCGAGAAAGGCAGUUGGACCUCGUCUGGACCAAGGUUGCCUGGCUUGCCUUCGCCUACAUCUUUUCUGUGGCUGGUGCA